GCUAAACCUACAUUACUUUACUGCACUCUCUCCCUCUGUUUAUUGUUCUAUACACUAUUCACUGUACAAGUGUAGCGGUCACGUGAAUUAUGAUGAUGUUGUUGGUCUUGUUGGGGAUGCUGGCGGGAGUGUCUGAUGCUAUCUUGUGUAAGGAUGACAUUGAGCUUGAUAAUGUGCAGGACUACAUAUACAGACUAGAGAAGAAGCCUCUGGACAAAUAUUGGAGCAAGUACGUAGAACCCAAGGCAAAUGCGAACAAUGAGCUGGUAAUUCAGCGGUACAACAUGCAUCUUACUUACACUAUCUUUGGGAAGUUUGACAGUGACCCUUCUGAUGCCACAAUUUCUGCUGGAUACUACAAACAGGAUAACUCCCUGAUCUACUCGGUAGAAGUAGAUUGUGGAGCUGGAAUGUGGAGGAGCUACGCCCCAAAUGUAGAACUCCCCGAAGAAACCGAGAAAUACCAAGAAGGACAGCUAGAAGAGAGUUGUGGAGAUGGAGAAAUAUUUGAUGUUAUCCUGAAAGUGCAACAAGCUCACCUCAUGAACUGGCUGUACAACGGACAGCCGCUGCAGGAAGGGAGCCAGAAUAUCACCUUCCGUAAAAAGGGACAAGAAGCAGUGAGAGAGAGGACCCUGUACGUGCCCAGCCCGGAUGGUAGACCUAAAGGAGGAGCUGCUGAUGCUACCAAGAUAAAGAUACAGACUACUGGAUCAGCUGUGAUCACAAGACUCGCUUUCGGGCGAUGUAUUGCUUGGCCGGAGGAGAUAACCCGAAACUGCACCGCUGUCAACGAAUGGAUUCUCAAACGGAGCAAGAGUAUAGUACUAGGACACGAGCUGUACGGUGCUAAUAUGCCUACAUACUUCAUGGAGUGCUACAACGACACCCUGUUUCUCUGGUUACAGUCUAAGAUUCAUCCUGACGAAAAGUCGAUACCAGAGAGUGCUUACUGCUGCUGUGUCAACAUGGAGACCGGCAAACUCUUCUCUGGAGACAAGAAUGUGGAUUGUCAGAGCAGCAAAGAAUGUAUUCAGAGUUGUACUAGUACUUCUUACGAUGCUGAUUUGAUUGCCGGAACAUAAAUAUGUGCACAUAACGAUAUAUAUGCCGGAGUAGAUAAGAACAUCAGACAUUUGUAGAAAAGAUUGGACUCAGAAACUUCAUUUCACAUUUUGAUGCAUGAAUAUUAAGAUAUCGUAACAGUACUGUUUAAAGUUUUGAUGUAGUUUGCUCUUUAAAAUAGUCCAUAA